UGCGUCGCGUCGGUCCGGCUGCUUAAAAAGAAACCAGCGUUUUGAAGCCGCCUUAGGAGGUUCAAUGUUCUGAGCGCCUCCUCCGACUAGCCCGCUGGGGGCGGUCACCCUUGCUGGGGCGGGGAAGCUGAUUUCUACCGCUCACCCCGCUGAAAGCGAGCAGCCGCGGUCCGGACAGGUCCGGACGCAGGAGCCUCGUCUACAUUAGGGCACCCGCUGGUUGAACUGAACUAGUCAUCGCUGCUUCGAGGCAGUCUCCUGGGGGCAUUGCCCCAGAGCAAGGCAAGCUCCGAGCCAAAGGCUGGUGCUGAAGCCAAGCAAAAGCAAAAGCAAAAGGGGCUGCUGGAGGACCGCUGGGUGUUCACAGUGUAAGAGAGACAAGACAAAUACCCUCCCGUUCUGGAUCGGCCAGAGACAGCCAAGAAGACCUAAUGAUACUCGUGAAAAGGCUAUUGCAGAAAAUGGCCAAAAGCGAUAAUCCAGAAAUAGCCCUGGCAGUGAAAUGCCUGCGGAUUCCGCAAGCUCUCUGAAAGCAAGACCUCCUUCGUGACGCUGGACAUAGAGGUGCCCAGCUGGGUUUUGAAUGUGAACAUAAUGCAACCCAAAUGACCGUACACUCUACCGGGGUCGGGUGUAAUAACGUUGCUGCUUGUGUGCGCACACAGCUCCAAAGAAGAACGCUUAUUGGCCUUGACACGCCUUUGCGGUAGGGGGCGGGAUGGAAAGAUUUGUCGGGUUUAAAACCAGCUCUGCUAGGCUCGGUUUUGCGGGUUAGUUCCGCGCUGGCGCUGUGAGGAAAGCUCUGCACUGAGCAUUAACGCUGUACUCAUGUGGACGCUGGAUUUCCUUCCCCAAAACGGCGCAUGCUGGAUUUUACUUUGUUUCCGGGUGCAAUUUAAGACUAUAAAGAGAGUGGGUCUGCAAGAGCUCAGAAAUCACCUUUCUUCUGCCUGCGUGUUACUGCGAUAGCAGAGAUCAUCAGACAUGUGAGCUAAUAGCCUCCGGGUUUAAUAGCCUCCGGGGGGACGGAGGGGGCUGCAGCAAGGGGCUCUUGCAGAGGGGGCUGCAAAGCAUCUGUCUGUAGAAUUCAAUUCCUGCCUUAGUUUGCUGGAACCUGAAUGCAUCGACCUUCGGGAUUUGCUGCAAAGCUAAUUUGUGUGCUCAGGCUGAUCUUCGGACAUGAGCGCCUAAAGUUAGGCUCCUAGAUCCAUAGAUAAAAGUAAAAGUUAAUAAUAAAUAAAAGUUACCGGACUUUUUACACGCUCCGUUCCUAUUGACGUCAUUUAUAGUUGUAGGUGCUCGGCCGUUGUGAAAAUCAGGCUCUUUUCCUAAAUACCGAGUUUGAGUCCCAAUUUCAGGUUCGAAAGCUGGUGGUCUUCCCCUCCCCCCCCCCCUUUUCUGAUUGGAAGAUAUUAGUGGUUGCUUGAAUAGGGGCAAUACAAGGAGUUAGUGGGUUAUUGGGUGAGAUUUGGAAAGUUUAUUUUUAGGUCUCUCUCUUUGGGGUGUGGGUGGCUGUUUCCUGUGGGAGAUGGAACCAUUUUAGAAAACAAGCAAACAAAAAAACCCUGUUCCUGCUGAAUUUAACAGUGUAAUUGGCCAAGUAAUUAGCAACCUGAAUCCUCUAACGCAAUAAAGGUUUGAGUUCCAGAAGGGCUGAGCACUUGCAGCUACUACUGAAGUCAGUGAGGUGGUUGGUCGAUAAAUAUCCUGUGGUGGGAGAGGAUAAUAUUUCAGGGGCAAUUUAUUCCAAACAUCCACAUGCCUAAACAUGAAUGGAGCAUAGUUUUUGCAUUUAUGUGUCAGAUGGUGAGACUCAAAGUGCAAUCUAGGGACCAGAUCACCCUCGCCUAUUGAAAGAGCCACAGGACAUGGAAAGCGUCUACUUCACUGUAGUGCUGCUUUCAGUGAUGCUGGGGGAGAAAGAAGGAGGGGUAACCUCCUAGCAAACAGCUGUUGCAGCUGUGACCAGAGAGGGAGAGAGACAGACGCAGCAGUGACCCAUCUCCGCACCAACUAGUAACUCUUGAGCAAAGCUGUACAAUGAACACUUAUCUCUUCAUCUAUUAUUUAAUCCAAUUCUGUGGACACUCCUGGAUAUUUACAAAUAUGAUCAUCAGGUUCUUGUCAUUUGGGAAAGAUUCUUUGGCCGAUACCUUCUAUUCUAUAGGACUCGUAAUGCGCCUGUGUCAGUCGCUGUCCAUAUUAGAGCUCCUGCACAUUCUAGUUGGCAUUGAAGAAAACCGUUUUCUCCCAAGGUUUUUACAGAUAACUGAGAGAAUCAUCAUUUUAUUUGUUGUCAUCACCAGUCAAGAAGAAGUUCAAGGGAAAUAUAUUGUGUGCGUUUUAUUUUUCCUUUGGAAUUUACUGGAUGUGGUCAGAUACACUUACUGCAUGUUAUCAGUGUCAGGAACAUACUAUGGAGCUUUGACAUGGCUGAACUACACACUAUGGAUUCCAGUAUAUCCCCUGUCAAUUCUGGCUAAAGCAUUUGCCAUCUAUGAAUCACUUCCUUAUUUUGAAUCCUUCGGCACAUAUUCCAUCAAGCUACCAUUUCCAGUUGCCUUAUCGAUCUACUUCCCGUACAUACUAAAACUGUACCUGGCAAUGCUGUUUGUAGGUAUGUACUUCAUCACCACAUACCUCUGCUCAGAAAGGAAAGCUCAUCUAGGAGCCAGCUACAUCAAAGAGAAAAGGAGCUAAGUUGAUACCUUGUCGUGUAAUGAGGAAAAUGCUGUAGAACAUGCUAUGCUAACACAUUAUGUGGAAAUAAUUUAGACCAAGAUUUUCAGAAGUGCUUAGUGAUCUUAUGCACCCAACUGAGAGUGCCUUAAAGGUUCCCAAUUUACAAGGGCAGGUGCUCCACACUUUCUGAAAAUGAGUCCCUUUAAGGCAUCUCACAUUGGGCACUCAGACAUACGCACCUCAAAUCUCCCAUCACUUUUUAAAGUCUUGGCUUCAGAGGUUACUCUAUCUUUUUCUAACAUAAAAUGACAGGUUACAAAAUGUGACAAAAAUGUCAAUCAUAUCAGCAUUUCCUGUAUUUUAAUAAUGGGUUCCUGUCGCAGCAGUAGCAUGGAUUCUGCAUUUUAUAUCAGAGUAAAAUGUCAAUGGUAUUUUAUCAUUAUCUCACCUGUUAGACUAUGUAACUCAGAUGUACGACUAUCAUAUUUGCUGGAACUGCAAUAGAUUAUGAAGCAGAAGCUGGUGGUUCUGCAUUUUGCCACAUUCACACAAAUACCAAUAGGUAAAACUGUUCACAGAAAACCCAUCCUCCUCCACUUCCCCCUCACCCAGAUUCUUAAAGUACAUGUAAGUGACAAAUGCAGUUACAGUGUCUAUUCACUACAAGUCCUAGAGGGCAUUUAACGUACAGAAGUAGAAGUCAUAAUUCUAAUAUAUUUCCAGUAGACACUACUGAAGGAUCUGUUUUUCUUAACUGUGACAUCCAGAUUAUCUUGGAACUGAAGAAACCAGACAGACAGACACUCACUCUUUCUUAACUCAUUGAAGUGCGAUAUAGUCAGUCCAAGAAAUACUCUGCCUUUAAAAAUAAGAUAAUGGAUUGUAUAAACUGUGGGCCAAAUCCAGAUUGUCUCACACAUGAGAACUGUCCCACUGAUGUCAGUGAGGUUACUUGUGCAACAAAAGUAAUUAGGAUUUGGUCCUAUGAGGUGGGGAACUACUUAUAUGUGAAGCAGCAAGAAAAUAGGAUACGCUUUCCUGGGGGACAAAUUACUUCUCUGACUGCACAAGCUACUCCAAAAUAACCAUACCUUAACUUGUUCCCCGUUGGUACUGUUCCCCACCACCCUUUGGGCUUGAAUAAAAGACAUGAAAAAUGAAGCGGAUUAAAGAGUGAAAUGAAAACACUUCGGGUCAUGAAAAUUCUCUUAUCUAUUUAAGACUCUGAAAAAGUGAAACCUAAGUAUGCCUUUGUCUUAAGCCAACAUUUGACUAACCAAUGAGGGAAGGGCAUCUCAAAUUGAUGAUUUAGUGGCUCUAGGACAAGUCCACAGCCAGGCAGCUCAGCUGUAUCUGAACUGCCCCUACCUGUGCUACCACAGCUACACUGCUAUUUAUGCUGGAACUAGCUUAAGUACGUGUACAUGAACAAAGGAAUCACACUCCUAGCUCGUACUGUAGACAUAGCCUUAGACAGGUAUAUUUGUACAUUACCUGGGAACAGUAAACUAGAGUGGGUACCAUUAAACACUUUGCUUUUGCAUCCAGGUAUUAUUGUGGUGUGCAUGCUAACAUAUAGCACUUUUGGUCAGUAGAUCUCAAAGCGCUUUACAAAAGAGAUAACUAUUAUAGUAUUGCCUGUAUUUAGGAAAUAGAGCAAAUAUUAUUGUAAUGUUAUUUAGUUAAAAAAGCAAAUGUGAUGUUUUUAACAAUGAUCAUGCUAUCUGUUGAAGGAGGGAUUUAUGCGAUCUGGGCAGGGGAGAAUUCCCUCAGUGCAGGAUCUGAGGAAGACAGAGGACCCGCUUAAGAAUCCUGGGGUAGCAGCUGUGCCUGGUGUGGGAAGGGAGUAUCAGAGGCAGGGCUGCAGCAUGUUACCCAGCAGAUAUUCCAGACAGCACAGCUAGCUGGGGACAUGCUGCUGUAAUGCAGACAGCUCACCUGAGGCCACUUUAGCAGCCCAGAUUCACAAUGGCAGAAAAGGUGGGUCAAAGUGAAUUUAGCACACCCCUGCCAACCCAUUCCACAGGCUGGGAGCUCUGUGCUGCAUCUCUUAGAAGCACAGCCCAGAAUCUCACUUUAUAAAGCAUAUCCUGAAAGAGUAAAAUGAUGGUGGAUCUCUAACAUUUGUUUGGAAAAUGCUGAUAUUUUCCAUUAUGUUCAUAUGGUAGUCUGGUCAAAAUUUUCAAACUCAAGUUGCUAAAGUAAGAUGCCAUAAGUCUAUGUUUCGGCACCCUAACAAGUGGCUUACUUUUCAGAUGAACUUUGCACACACUCCACCAAAUGAAGAGGGAGUUGAAGGUAUUGACUGCUUUUGAGAAUCAAGCCAUUCUUAUAUAGGAGCCUAAAUCUGAACUUAAGCCAACUUUAGGCAUUCAAAAAUGAAAUUGUUUGCUGAAGUUUGUUGGCGUAGAAAGUUACUGAUCCACAGACCUACUGUAGUUGCUGGUGCUGGCAAUUAGGUUUACCAUUUAAUUCACUGUUUUUACACUGAACCACAUGUACAUGUAAAAUCCCACCACUAAUUUUGUAUUUCAAUUUGAUAAAUUCAUAUUUACUUAGUGAACAUUAUUUUUAAUCUGUGCAAUUUAUUUACUUAUUUUAAUUUUGAAUGAUAGCAAACCUAUUUUAAAAAAAUCUUUGGUUGAAAAUACGGAAGUAACUACCAAACCUGAUUUAUCUGCACAUGGGCACCUGGAGCAUGUAAAUGGCUUUCAGUUUUACAGUGUGUAUAUCAGUCAACACUGAUUCUGCACUACCAAGGUGCAAGAUGUCAUGGGCUAGGUGUUCAAAACACAGAUACACUUGCAGCUGCAAAAAAAUGUGUUCAGUUAAUCUCAAACUACACAAAGAAUUAACAGGCUGAUUUGAUUAAUCAUGCACUCAUGAUCUAGAUCAGUGGUUCUCCAGCCGUGGCCUGCUUGUGGCCCAAUCAGCACACAACUGCAACCCCUAUGACAUCCUCAGGGCCAUAUGGGUAGUAUAUAUAUUGUGCGGAUGCGGCCCACAACACAGAGCUAUAUAUGUGGCCCACAACUGUCAACAGGUCGAGAACCACUGGUCUAGAUGGUUCUUAAGAAUUACUACUGGCAUGUUAAUGAUAAUACAAAGGCUACAUCUACAUUGUGACCUAGGGGUGUGAUUCCCAGCUCAUGUACAUGAACUUGCACUAGCUCUCAGCGAUAAGAAUGAGAACGGCAGCAUGGCUUAGCCAUACUGAGUACAAGGCCACCUGAAACCCACAGGUACAUGUACACAGUAUAGUGGAGCCAUGCCACCAUUGCUUGCCAAGGCUACACUACUAUUUAUACUCGCACUAUCUCAAUGAGACCUCAUGUGAUGAUGUGUACUUGAGCUGGGAAUCACACCCCUAGCUCAAAGUAUAGGCACAGCCAAAAUGAAAACACGUCUUGAGAAUGCAUAGGUCUACUGCAAUAUAAAGCAUACACAAGUACCAUACCAGAUUCUCACUGGUUGAAGGGUCUUGGUUAAGAGAAGUAAAUAGCAGACAUAGAAGAUUUAUUCAUUCACUUCUGCUGUUAAGAAUACUAUACUAUCACAAAAAUAGCGUUGUUCAUGGUAUAACAACAACAUUAGAUGAUGAAUGUUAUAAUAUGGAGGAAUCAUGUUAACAGAAAUUUUGUCAGUCGAAAUGAAAGCUAAUUAAAAAGCCAGAAAAAAGAAAUGUUGUGCCUUCUAAUAAAUACACCACAUCAAACAACA